AUGACUACAGACGACAUCUCCAGCUCUCAGCCAUUCUCGGUGAAUGGCAAAACAGCUAUAGUGACUGGAGCUGGGUCAGGAAUCAACCUGGAGUUUGCAAAGCUUCUGGUAUCCCUCAACUGCAAUGUCGUGCUAGCCGAUUUGGCUCUCCGUCCUGAGGCAGCCGAGUUCGUGUCCAAGUACGAGGCCAACAAAGAAGGCCCUCGGGCAGUCUUCGUUGAGACCAAUGUUACCAAGUGGGCAGACAUCACGCGCAUGUUCGAGUUCACAUUGGCCCAGUUUGGUGACUUUGACAUUCUCUGCCCCGGAGCAGGCGUCUAUGAACCGCAUUGGUCAUCGUUCUGGCACCCUCCUGGGUCAUCAGAAAGUAGAGACAGUCCCGACGGCGACCGAUACGCGCUGCUUGAUAUCAAUCUCACGCAUCCGAUCCGGGCUACACAGCUCGCCAUGUCGCAUUGGCUGCAUCCCCGGCCGUCGGCCAACUCCAAAUUCCCCACCCCGAAGCCGGUGUCGCUGCAAAAUCCCAAGCGCGUGAUUCACAUCUCGUCGGUUGCAGGUCAACUCCCAGUCUUCCGAGCUCCCAUCUACGGUGCUACCAAACAUGCCAUCUCGGGCUUUGUGAGGUGUCUAGCACCAGUCGCAGAUGUCGGUAUUUCCGUCACCGCUGUCGCCCCAGGUGUUGUAAAGACGCCUUUGUGGACGGAUCAUCCAGAGAAGCUCGUCAAUGUCAAUGAGGGACAAGAUGCUUGGGUGACGCCUCAAGAAGUGGCCGAAGCAAUGCUCCAAUGUGUACAACAAGAGCCAGGAGGUACCAUUUUGGAGGUUGGGAGCAAAUUUGUUAGGCCAGUCAAGGCUGUGAAUGACCCCGGCCCGGAUCUUGAUCCGAAGCGAGGUCUGGCGACAAGUAACACAGACAAGGGAAACUCCAUGGUGUGGGAAUGGCUUCAAGACCCCAAGUUUUGGGGCUAG